AUAAAGGCAAACCCCAACCUUUGAAGGGUUUCUUGGGAAUUCGUGUUGCUUUCCGGGAAAGGGUUUCUACUCGCCGGAAAAUAGCAAUCUUUUCCGAAGAAGCCAGGACUACGCUAUAUAAGCCAGGAAGAUAGGGUUUGGAACUGCCAAGAUGGGAAGAGGGAAAAUCGAGAUCAAGCGGAUCGAGAACAACACAAAUCGACAGGUAACGUUUUGCAAGAGAAGAAAUGGGCUGUUGAAGAAGGCCUAUGAGCUCUCAGUUCUGUGUGAUGCAGAAGUUGCACUCAUUGUCUUCUCCAGCCGAGGCCGUGUCUAUGAAUAUGCCAACAACAACAUUAGAACAACCAUAGACAGGUACAAAAAGGCUACAGCAGAAAGUUCCAACGCAUACACUACCCAAGAGAUCAACGCUCAGUUUUAUCAGCAAGAGUCAAAGAAGCUGCGUCAGCAGAUUCAGAUGCUCCAGAACUCCAACAGGCAUCUGAUAGGUGAGGGGUUGAGCUCUCUAACUGUGAAGGAGCUGAAGCAGCUGGAGACGAGGCUCGAGAGAGGGAUCGCAAGAAUCCGGGGCAAGAAGCAUGAAAUGAUACUUGCGGAGACUGAGAACAUGCAGAAGAGGGAAAUUCAGCUGGAGCAGGAAAACGCCUGCCUCCGAGCAAAGAUACAGGAAAGCGAGAAGCUGCAGCAGCUGAGCAUGAUGCCGGGUGCAGGAGGGGGGCAGGACUUUGCAUUUCAGGCUUAUUUGGCCCGCAACAUGCUCCAACUCAACAUGAUGGACCACGAUCAGGCAGCCGCCGCCGCCGCCGUAGAAGUAGAACAGCACCACCACCACCACCAUCAUCAUCAUCAUCAGGAAGAAGAUCCCUACGCUGUUUCUCACGACAAGAAGCAGCAGCAGCAGCACCACGCACUCCAUCUUGGAUAAUCAGUUUGCCGCGCGCCCGCCGUCCCAGAGAAAUUAAAGACGACCUAUCUAUCUAUCUAUCUAUCUAUGUCUGCUAUAUAGCUUGGUAACUAAAGAUAAUAUAUGAACAUCCUAAUUAAUUAUCUCAACUAUUAUGAUCUACAGAUACAUAUAUAGCUAGACGAUACAUAUUAGUGUUUGUUUAACAAUUCCCUUAAUUCCUAGCA